AUGGGUCAAACUCUUUCAACACCGAUCACUGAGAAGCACUCGACCUCGGGUCAGGACAAGCGCUUCGCCUAUGGCGCCUCUGCUAUGCAAGGAUGGCGAAUCACUAUGGAAGAUGCGCAUACGACCCUACUCGAAGUAGAGAAUGCUGAAGGAGUUGCCUUCUUUGCAGUUUAUGACGGCCAUGGAGGUCCUAACGUUGCCAAGUUUAGUGGCGAAGGACUGCACAAGAAAAUUGUUGGAGACAAAGCGUUUGCCAAGGGGGAUUACGUGGCGGCAAUUAAGAAUGGAUUCUUGGAGAUGGAUAGAGCCCUUCGUUAUGAUCCUGAGUAUGGCGGAGACUCGUCUGGAUGCACGGCCAUCACCGCAACAUUCACUGAUAAAAAUGUUCUCUAUGUGGGCAAUGCUGGUGAUUCUCGUGCUGUACUCGGAACUGAUGGAGCAGCCAUUGCUUUAUCUCACGAUCACAAGCCUGUCAAUAAAGAGGAGUCAAGGCGUAUUGUUGCUGCAGGAGGGUUUGUAGAGUAUGGCCGAGUUAACGGCAGUCUUGCCUUGUCUCGUGCCUUGGGCGACUUUGAGUUUAAGACGAAUGCUACGCUCGGACCAGAUGAUCAAAUUGUGACAGCAAACCCCGUGAUUGUGGAGCAUAAGCUGACAGAUGACGACGAAUUCUUGAUCCUGGCUUGCGAUGGGAUUUGGGAUUGCAUGACAUCUCAGGAGGUAGUGACAUUUGUCCGUAAGGGAAUUGCUGACAAUAUCCCCUUAGAUAAAUUGUGUGAAAUGACAAUGGAUAACUGCUUGGCAUCAGACACCGGUAUGGCUGGAGUUGGCUGCGAUAACAUGACCAUGGUAAUUGUGGCAUUUUUAAACGGACGAACGUUGGAGGAUUGGUAUGAACAUAUUGCAAGACGCGUAGCAGUACGUCUAGGACCCGCGGAUUCGAAACUCCGUCCUAAUGGCGAUGAGGAUCCGGAGACAUUCAAAGAAACGCUGGCAGAAUACGAAAGACAAGAAGUGCUGUCUACCAAUGCCGAUGGAACACCCAAAGCUAAUGAUGUUCAAGAGUUACCUGAAUCCGAGUCUGUCACUGAGACCAAGGAAGCCAAGGAAACUAUGGAUAUAAAUGAAUUGAAGGAAGCAAAUGAACUCAAAGAAAGCAAUGAGCCGAAAGUGGAGGAAAAACAGGAGACAAUGGAGCCAUCACCAGUCAAGCCGGGCAAAUAAGAGGCUAUUGCUUAGUACUGUAUAGCGUGGUGGUGUGCCCAACCAAGUCUAUCCUUUUUUUUAUUUUUAUUUCUCUUGCAGAUUCUCCAAGCCUUUUCAUCGCUCUCCACACUUUCCUUCUCUCUUUAUUGUUUCGUUUUUCAUACUUCAUUCUUGUUCCCUUCCUUUUCUUUCCUUUUCUUAUGCUAUUUAUACACUCUUACAAUUCAUACGGUCAGCAUCGGCCUUUCUUUUCCAGGUGGACAAUUGCUGCAUUAAAGGAAAAAUAUAAAGAAAAUCGAGGGCUGCAAGGCUGAUCUGAGCUCAGUUGAACAUGU